CUCGUUUUGUCGCCGGUGUUGAGGAAAGCCCGCCCGUCAUCUUUUGCAUCCACGGACUAUAUCUUCAUUUCCAUCUUCUUCCUAAAUCUCGCAGUGCAAGGACCGACUCUCUCUUGACAUGUGGAGUUUGAUACUGACAAUUUUAUGAAGGAUCAUCGUCGGAGUGAAAUACUGCUUCCGAUACAACCAACGAAACCGACAACUUCGCCAAGGUGCGGAUGGCGAACCGAUCGACCUCACACAAAUGCCACGACCACAUCGUAGACGGCGGGAAAAGAAAUUGAUGACGAUGGACGAGGUAAACGAACGAUUCCCGCGGACCAAAUAUAAAACAUGGCGAUCUGCGCGAGAAUCGGAGGGCCUUCCUGCCGCUGGAGGCAUCACGACGGCACCGCCUAGUCGCGCCGCGAGCAUCAAAGAGAUCGAGACGUUGCAUUCGGAUAACCGUGGAUCGGUUGAUUCGGCUCGACCAGGAACUGCAGCUGCCCGCCCUUCCACCGAGACGCCAUCAUCACCUAUCGCUGCAUCUUCCGAACCGGAUCCACCUACCGACUCUGUAAAACCUUCCUCUCCCGACAAGCCGACCGCCACGACCACCACAACGACCACCACUGUCAGCGACCCUUUUCCAACUCCCUCCCCCACCUCCGUCCCCGCCACAAAAACACCCACCACCACCCCUGCCCCUGAGAAACCCACCCCCACCCCCACCCCCACCCCCAUCCCCACCGACCACGACCACGACUCCGACCUCUCCGACGACUCCGACCCGCACACCGCCCCCAUCACCGAUCUUGUCCCCGGCGACUCCUGCGCCAUCUGCCUCGACUCCCUCGACGAAGACGACGACGUCCGUGGCCUCACCUGCGGCCACGCCUUCCACGCCGCCUGCCUCGACCCCUGGCUCACCUCCCGCCGCGCCUGUUGCCCCCUCUGCAAAGCCGAUUACUACGUCCCGAAGCCCCGCGCCGACGGAACCCUCCCGGGCUCGGAUGCUACUGGUGCGGCAGGGAACGCGGGGGCGACGCCGGCGGUGAGGGUGACGGGGUUGGCGGCGAUUCGGUGGGGGUUGCCGACGGAUACGUGGCUGUCGCGCUCGGGAAGGCCGGUGGCGCAGCCUGGGCAUGGCGGCGGUGGGGAUACGCCCACUGGACGGAGGAAUCGGGCGCUGGGGCGGCCCAGCCGUCACAGUCGGAAUAACAACGGCGGAGCACCGGCGACUGCGGAAGUUGAGGGAACUGAGAAUGGGAAUGGCAAUGGCAAUGGGAAUGGGAAUCCGAGUAGAAGGUGGAGAGCUAGGUUCCCAACGGUGCGGGUCCCAGCGAACGUUCUAAGGAAUCCGUUGGCGAGGCGGAGGGGGCCUGAGGGGGCGCCAGCGGAGGGGGAGGUAACGCCGGGGAGGCUUGAGGCGGGACAGAGGGGGGUGCCGCGAGCAGAAGGAGCGUCAUGAGCAUGCGCAUGAGGCAUGAUCAGCACGAAUCUUGGGAUUUCUUGGAUCGCGGCGUUUCUCCAUCGCAGCCGGGCAUUAUUCAGGUCUGGUCACCUUGCUCCACUCCACCACGAAGAUUCGACGCUCGCACGUCGCGCUCUUUAAUGGUCUUUGUCCUGUCGGACCGCGUCACGUCGGGGUUUUCAUGCGUUGCUCAUUCGG